GAUAAUUAAAAAUAAAAAUUAGAAAAAAAAAAAAACGUAAAAAACAUGGAUCAUGAGAUUGAACUCCAUGGGUAUAAAGUGCGCACAGGAGGUGUCACCACCACAGCUUUCCCAAACAUCCUGCUAACGUGCGCAUCAUCCAAUGGCAUUCUCUCUGCACUUCUGCCGUCUCUCCACCCCCACCGAUCUGUCCUUGCAUGAAGCUCCGGCGGGGAUCGCGAAUUCCCGGUGCCGGAAGCCUCUGUCCGUCCGCUGUUCCGCCGAAUCCCCUGCUUCUCUCUCGGCGUCGGUGCCUGUCGACGCCGACUUCGACGCGAAGUUGUUCCGGAAGAACUUGACGAGGAGCAAGAACUACAACCGCAGGGGUUUCGGACACAAGGAAGAGACUAUGGAGCUCAUGAAUCGCGAGUACGCCAGUGACAUCAUAAAGACUUUGAAGGAUAAUGGAAAUGAGUAUACAUGGGGAAAUAUUACUGUGAAACUGGCGGAAGCAUAUGGUUUUUGCUGGGGCGUUGAGCGAGCUGUUCAGAUUGCUUAUGAAGCAAGGAAACAAUUUCCAGACGAGAAGAUUUGGAUCACUAAUGAAAUUAUUCACAAUCCAACUGUUAAUAAGCAAAUGGAAGAGAUGAAAAUCUGUACUAUCCCUGUUGAGGAUGGGAAAAAACUAUUUGAUGUUGUUGACAAGGGUAAUGUUGUGAUUUUGCCUGCCUUUGGAGCAGCAGUUGAUGAGAUGUUCGUUUUGAAUGAAAAAAAAGUACAAAUAGUAGAUACAACUUGCCCAUGGGUAUCUAAGGUUUGGAAUACUGUUGAGAAGCACAAGAAGGGAGACUAUACGUCUAUAAUUCAUGGUAAACAUUCUCAUGAGGAGACUGUUGCUACUGCAUCCUUUGCAGGAAAGUAUAUUAUUGUGAAGAAUAUGGCGGAGGCGAUUUAUGUCUGUGAUUACAUUCUUGGGGGUCAACUAGAUGGAUCUAGCUCAACCAGGGAUGCAUUCCUCGAGAAAUUUAAAUUUGCAGUUUCUAAAGAGUUUGAUCCAGACACUGACCUUUUGAAAGUUGGUAUUGCAAAUCAAACAACGAUGCUCAAGGGAGAAACAGAAGAGAUUGGGAAGUUAGUAGAGAGGACUAUGAUGCGCAAGCAUGGAGUGGAAAAUAUCAAUGAGCACUUUCUAAGCUUUAACACAAUAUGUGAUGCUACGCAGGAGCGACAAGAUGCUAUGUAUAAUCUGGCAGACGAACAUUUGGAUCUGAUGCUGGUAGUUGGUGGGUGGAACUCAAGUAACACCUCGCACUUACAAGAGAUUGCUGAGGCCCGUGGCAUUCCAUCAUAUUGGGUGGACAGCGAGAAGAGACUAGGUCCAGGAAACAGAAUAAGUUAUAAGCUGAAUCAUGGUGAGCUGGUUGAGAAAGAAAAUUGGCUACCAGAGGGUCCUAUCACAGUUGGGAUUACGUCUGGUGCCUCAACUCCGGAUAAGGUCGUUGAAGAUGUCCUCAUGAAGGUAUUUGACAUCAAACGUGAAGAGGCCUUGCAAGUAGCAUAAAAAGCUUAGAUCUGCCUGCAAAUAUCAGAGGAUGGUGCAGGUUUGUUUAUACAAAUUUGUGAAUGCAUCAUGAGGUAGAGAGGCUAUUAAGGAUAUACAGCCCCUUGUACCCUAUGAUCUUUAUUAUAAUUGUAUGUAUGGACACAGGCUGCGAUAGUAAAGAUUAAGAAAUGUAAUAAUGUAUGAUUUGCGUCUCA